GAACAGAACGGACCAGCUGCCCUAAUUUGGCGUCUCCAAUCUCUCGGGCUCCUGCUGCAACCACUCCACUCUGCGAUUUAGAGCAAGGUUUAGGCAAAUGGCUGGCGAAGAGGAGUCCAUGGAAGAAAUCGUUGCGGCACGAAAAGAGAGGCUAAGAGCCCUCAAAGCUGCCCAGGAGCUAUUAAACACUCCUGAUGAGGACUCUGCUCAACUUGAAAGCAACACCAACAAUGAGCAGGAGGAUAAGAGAGACGAAGCUCCCGACAAUGAUGUCGAUGAAAAUAGUACCAACAUGAAGUUCCGAAACUAUGUUCCUCAUGAUAAGAAGCUUCAGGAAGCGAAGCUAGAGCCACCGAAGCCAUCUAAGUUUGAAGAGCCUGUGGCGGCAGUGGCUCCUCCAUCUGAGAAGACAGAGGACCCGUUCGUGAAUAUUGCUCCGAAAAAGCCAAACUGGGAACUUCGUAGGGAUGUGCAGAAGAAGCUUGAUAAGCUUGAAAGGCGAACACAGAAGGCAAUGUGUAAACUUAUGGAACAAGAAAAGCAGAAGCAAUUGGAAGAAGAAGGUAUCAAUGGUGCUGCGGACUAAGUUUUAGAAGUUCAAGGUUUUACUUGAAACAUAAUAGACGGGCCAGAGUACCAAUGAAACAUAAUAGACGAGGCCAGAGUACCAAUGAAGAAUGAUCUUGGUUCAGUUUGUGGAGUAUAGUUGUUUAAUUAGACUUUGCAAACUGAAACUCAUUAGAGAUAGAUUCUGCAAAUUGAAACUCAUUAGAGAUGUUUGAUGGAUGAGUAACCUUGUUCGUAGUAACCUUGUUCGUAACUGCUUGAACUACAAGAUGACCAUU